GCCGUUUUGGCUUGUCGGCAUCCUUCCGUCGCUCUCAUCUCGGCUUGCACCAACUGCAUCGCAUUCUUGCAACCAUGCGGACGAGACUGACGCCCCUGGGCCAGCGGGUCCUCUCGAUUGGAGCACUCGUCCUGAUCAUCUGGGCAGUCUUUCUGAUCCGGGCGUCCUCGCUCGACCGAUCCAGCAGCGACUUCCACAAGGGCUGCACCGGCGGCGAUUGCUGGCCCUCCCAAGAGAGUGGCCACGACCGCAUCCAAGAGCAGCCUGUUCCGCUCUUCCCACCUCUGCCAUCGUCUUCCCGGCCUGCUCCCGACAGCAGCAAUGAUGGCUCCCGACCCGAGGAACUCGUGCACAAAUCGCCCGGCUCGGCCGAGCUCCAGCCCAUCUUUGACGAGGACACUGCUCGCGUGCUGCGUGAGGCCGAGCGCCGACACAUUUUCGUCGCUCGAGGGUUCAAGUUCUGCUCCAUGCUCGACGGCGCAAGCUUCGACGGCAUGGCCUAUCUGCGUCCCUUCAACGGCUCUGUUGCCGACACUACCCCGACCAUGAAGGAGUUUUGCAAUCUCAUCGACACCAAGGCCCAGGAGCUCUACAACUACGUCCGCGCUCACUACCACAACGUCUUUCCGUCGGAUGGCAAGCGUCUUGCGUGCUACUCGGCCGCCGAGGGCUCCAACACCAUCGUCAACUUCAGCCAGAAGCCGCUGCUGCUCUCCAUCAACCCGAUCCACUAUUUCAAGCCCGUGAUCCCGGCUCUCGUCCCGCACGAGUCGGUCAUCCCCGGACCGCGCCGAAAGUACAAGAUUGCGUACUUGCUGAUGGUUCACGAGAUCUCGGGAUUCAUCCAGCUCAAGUCGCUGAUCGACAAGCUCGACGACGGCGACUCGAUCACGCUCAUCCACAUCGAUGCCCGCUCCAAGGAGCUCCGGUCCAAGGUCCAGGCGUGGCUGGCGAGCCGCCCCGGGGGUCUGAAGGAGGGAAACGUCUUUAUCGCCCAGUACUCCUUCAAGAACGUCUGGGGACACAUCUCCCUGGUGUUUACGCAGCUCUCUGGUUUCUACGAGCUCCUGGACCUGGCCGACUGGGACUAUGUCAUCAACCUCAGCAACUACGACUGGCCCCUGGCCCGCAACGAAGUUAUCCACAAGACGCUGAGGGACGAUGCUAUGAAGCACCGCAUCAAGGAUGCCAACUGGAUCGAGUACUGGCCCGAGACAGAUGAUCUGGCCGAGCGCUUGUUCCGCCCGCACGUUGCCUUUGGAGACGACAACUGGGCCUACAUCGGUCACCCCAAGGAGUUUGGCAUCGUCUCGUGGCCGUUCUCCCACUGGAAGGCGUACAAACACCACCAGUGGAUGAUCUUGAACCCACACACGGUCCGCCACUUCCGCACCAAUCUGGAUGCCUUCAACCUCCUGGCAUACAUGGAGCACUCGUACAUCCCCGACGAGUCCUAUUUCGCCACGACAAUGGUCAAUGCCAUCGAAUUCAACAGCACCAUCAUCAAGGACAUGAACCGUUAUCUGGAUUUUGGCGACUGCCAUGCCUCUCCAGUUUACCAAAGCGAAUCAGGCUCUCCAGGACUUGGCUCGCGGUUCCGCUACUUUUACUCGAAAAUUUCUGGCUUCAGACCACUGCUAUGUGUUAAGUCGGGCGAUGUGGAGCCAAGUCAGCGGAUUAGCAAAUUGCAAAGCUGGAUCGACUCGAACCUGUUUGACCCCAGCAACAACUCGCCCUGCGAGCCCGAUCAGAUCAGCUUCCGCCGCCACUGUCUGCUGCAGGCGCUCUCCAAGAUUGCCGUGAACAACCAGGUGAUUGUGAUACCCACCAACAAGGCGUUCGUCAAGAUCGCUCUGAACCUGGCAUGCUCCCUCGCCCGCCAAGGGCUAUACAAUAUCGUGUUCUGGUCGCUCGACAUUCAGGCGCAUGACACGCUGCUGGACAAGGGCUACGUCAGCCUCUUUGACUUUCCGGACUAUGCCACCAAGCGGCGCGUCUAUCGCCAGGACUACGACCUGGUCCGGAUGAUGCGCAACAAGCCCAAGGUCCUGGCCAAGCUGGUGGGCGCGGGAUUCGACGUCUGGUUCCUCGACGGCGACUCGGUUGUGCUCCGGGACCUGACCGCCCUCCAUACCACUGCCAACCCGACGGCGGAUGUCUACAUUGCCCUGGGCGAGAAGAAGAACGUGGGCCACGUCAAGAUGUCCUCGGGGCUCUCUCACAAACUGCCUGUUCUCAACGUCGGCACCAUGUUCUUGAGAGGCAACGCACGGACCUAUCGCUUCCUGCUGCAGGCCUGGAACGCCCUCAAGGACGAUGGUGCGGCACCGGAUCUGCAGGGCUUCACCAAGGUCUUGGGCAUGGAGAACGAGGUGGUCUGGGUCGACGAUCGCCUGACCCUCCGCAACGGCACCACCCUCCCGCCGGCCGGCAACGACUUCAAGGAGCGCGACGCAUCUCCUGAACAGGAGAGCACCGAGGCGUCGCUUCUGCUGACUCCCGCAACGCUUCCGCCCUUGAAGAGCCUCGCUGACCGGACGAGGUUCACGUUCUUGGCCCAGGAGGAGUUUGUGAACGGCUAUCUGCUCUUUGGCAGCGAAGCCAACGCACGCAAGGGCGACAAGAGCUUGGCAUCUGGAUCGCCGCCGACUGCCAACCAAGUCCACGACACAGCCGGCUACUCGAUCAUCCACGCUGACUGGGUGCCGGAGCCUGAGAUUGCACUGAGAAACAGACAGCUGUGGUUCCUCAGCCCCAAGGACCAGUGUCUCGCCAAGCCCGAUUCCAAGACUGACGGUCGAGGGUUAUUGUAAGGAACGAUGCCGAUGCGUCCUUCAAAUCGCAAAGCAGAGUCGACGCAUGCAGCACCACUCGAUCGAAAGCCCCGCAGAGCAUCUCCGAAAUUCAUACAACAAGCAUGAUUGCCUUACUU